CCCGCAGAGCUGCUGUUAGAGCAGAAGAAGCUGAUUUCUGUGCAGGGAGAAGAUAAUAUGUAUUUUCUCAUACCUGGAAGUAAAAGAGAAAAUCCCCUGUCACUAAAAUUUCUUAGUUUGUAAAUUUAUUUAUGGUUUGACUGUAGAUUGAGACAUGUACACCAGAGUUUUUCUGAGGUCAACUUGUCGUUCAUUAUGUGUAUCAGGCAGGACAACAGAGUUACCUAGAUAUCUCAAUUUGUACUGAAAAAGAUAAAGAAGAAAACUUUUCUCUAAAAAUGCUUUCUUUUUUCUUUUGCAAACAUUAUUAACGUGUGUAAUUGAUAUUCUUAGGAUAUUGUAGGUAUAUAUUUCCUCCCAAAUUAGAAAUAACCAAAAGUCCUUUUUCUAAAGGUGUAUCUUUUCAGUCUAGCCACAAAACUCUAUUGAAACUGAGGUUAAAUAGAAAUUCUAUUGAAACUGAGGUUAUCAUAGAAGCAGGACUUACAUGUAGCAUUUUGUUUUAGUAACUGAAGAAUAGUGAUUUUUGUUAAGGUUAACAUUUUAGUCAUGUUCUUGAUUGUUUGGCCAAAAGGUUAUGAUGACAUUUCAUUCAAAAUAAUUUCAAAUUCAUAAUGUAAGUGAGAUACGUAAUUCUAAACCAGUUGUAUGUGUUCUGGAUCCCUUUUCUAACAAGGCCAUAUUUUUUCUGGAGCUAAAGCCUCCUUCAUGAAAUCUAAAAGUCUAACUGGCCUUAGCUUACAGGAUUGUAACAUAUUCUUAUGCUGUCUGUGUAUCCAACUAUAGGUCCAUAUUACCCAUAAGGGAAGCCACUUAAGGAUGCAAACAACUCUUACAAACACUGCUGUAACAGAUUCACAUGCAUUUCGGCGGCUGCAGAAUUCUUUUGGUGAAAGAAAAUAUUAACAUGGGAAAGUCCAAUCAGUCUUCUGUGACAGAAUUUGUCCUACUGGGGCUUUCAGGCUACCCAGAGCUUGAGGCCAUUUACUUUGUACUGGUCCUAUAUAUGUACCUGGUGAUCCUACUGGGAAAUGGAGUCAUCAUCAUUGUAAGUAUCUAUGACUCCCACCUGCAUACCCCCAUGUACUUUUUCCUCAGUAACUUAUCAUUCUUGGACAUUUGCUACACCAGUUCUUCUAUCCCCUUAUUUCUCAGCAGCUUCUUAACUUCAAAGAAAACUAUUUCCUUCUCUGGGUGUGGAGUACAAAUGUUUUUCUCCUUUGCUAUGGGAGCCACAGAGUGUGUCCUUCUAAGCAUGAUGGCGUUUGACCGCUAUGUGGCCAUCUGUAACCCUCUGAGAUACCCCAUCAUUAUGAGCAAGGCUUCAUAUGUGCCCAUGGUCUCUGGGUCCUGGAUUGCAGGGGGUGUCAAUUCUGUGUUGCAAACCUCUCUUGCAAUGCGACUUCCUUUCUGUGGAGAUAAUGUCAUUAAUCAUUUUACUUGUGAAAUCUUGGCUGUCUUGAAAUUGGCCUGUGCUGAUGUCUCCAUAAAUGUUCUUAGCAUGGUUGUUGCUAAUAUGAUUUUUCUUGUGGUCCCAGUACUUUUCAUUGUUGUUUCCUAUGUUUUCAUUCUCUUCACCAUCCUGAGGAUUCCUUCUGCAGAGGGAAGGCGCAAAGCCUUCUCCACCUGCUCCGCCCACCUAACAGUGGUGGUUAUAUUCUAUGGAACCAUCCUCUUCAUGUAUGCAAAACCCAAGGCUAAAGACUCUUCUGGUGCGGACAAAGUACAAGUCACAGACAAAAUCAUCUCUCUCUUCUACGGAGUUGUGACACCUAUGCUCAAUCCCCUCAUCUAUAGUUUGAGGAACAAAGACGUGAAGGCAGCUGUGAAGAAUAUACUGUGUCAGAAAUGCUCCUCAGAGGGAAGGUGAAUGCUACUUUUUAAAAAAAUUCCUUUACUCUGAUGGCAGGACUAGUUCUCACCUGGAAAUUCCAAAAUAAAUAUAAGAGUUGGUGGUACCAUUAAUUCCUGAAAUCUUCAUUUUUCCGUUCUUGGUA